GUGAAGCUGCCUUCAGCGUUCUUCCACUUCCAUAGAACUGUAAAGACAUUUUCUCCGCCAGAGCUCUGGUGUCGGAUUUUUGCAGUGACCUCAAACGCCUCUCAGUUGUUUCCUGCUUCAGCUUUAUUUUCACUUUGCUGAACUUUGAGAUACCGAUCUUUUUCUGUGGGUGAAGAGUGACGGCAGCCUGCAGACACAGAGGAGGAUUUUCUCUCAGACCUGGUCCAGACAGCAGAAAGCUGCAGAGAGAAGCAGUUCAUGGAAGAAGCUGAGAAGCCAUGAUGGAAGUGCUCAAAGACAUCUUGGAUAAUCUGGGAGAUGAAGAGCUGUCUACAUUCCAGUGGUACCUGCAGCAGUCCAACAAUGUUCAAGGCCUCUCAGCCAUCAAAAAGAGCCGACUACAGAAAACAGACAGGUGUAACACUGUGGAUGAGAUGGUGCAGACUUAUGGACUUCAGGGAGCUGUGCAGGUGACCAGAGUGGUUUUAGAGAAGAUGCCCAGGAGGGAUCUGCUGCAGAGUUUGCCUGCCAGCAGCUCAGGACCAGGAGUGCAUGUCAGUGAUGUUGGGAAGACUUCAGAGAACAGACAACCUUCUACCUCUCAGACUCAGGCUCCUCUUCCUCAGACUGAAGAUUCCUGUCAACUCACAGUUGACACAAACACAGUAAACAGACACCUCAAACUGUCUGACAACAACAGGAAGGUGACAUAUGUGAUGAAGGAUCAGCCGUAUCCUGAUCAUCCAGACAGGUUUGACUACUGGGAACAGCUGCUUUGUAGAACUGGUCUGACUGGUUACUGUCACUGGGAGGUGGAGUGGAGAGGAGAGGUUGAAAUAUCAGUGAGUUACAAAGGAAUCAGAAGGAGAGGAUUCAGUAAUGACUGUGUGUUUGGAUGUAAUGAUCAGUCCUGGAGUCUGAUCUGCUCUGAUCUUCAUGGUUACUCUGUCAGUCACAAUAACAGAGAAACACCCAUCAGGUCCUCCUCAGUCUCUCACAGAGUGUCAGUUUAUGUGGACAUUCCUGCUGGAACUCUGUCCUUCUACAGAGUUUCCUCUGACUCUCUGGUCCUCCUCCACACCUUCAACACUAUAUUCACUGAAUCUCUGUAUCCUGGAUUUGGGGUGUGGUGGCCUGGUUCAUCAGUGUUUCUGUGUUGAGUUCAGUAUCCAGAGUCUCCUCCUGUUAGCGAAACAGUGUUGAACAAAUAGUUCAGUCUCUACAUGACUUUGUCACUGAGAAACAUGUUUUCAGAUUCAUGUAUUAAAUCUGUUUCUUUCUGAAA